UCGUGAAGCGAGCACCAAGCGGCUCUCAGUUUACGAUAAACUCAAAAGGGAGACGCAUGUCGCUUUUCGCCUUGUUGUGACCGUGUGCAUGGUGUUAGUGGAAUAACAUAACAGCGAAUUGUUUUGUUCUGUGUUCAAUUAGUGUAGUGCAACGUUGGUGUAACCGAGGUUUCCAAAGUUGUUGUGAUGCAGUUGAGAAUAUACGUAUGGCUGACUUGUGUAGCCCUCGCAGGAUAUGUUCGAGCGACAGAGGACGGUGCCGCCGGCGUGCAGCCGACGGAGGGAGCGAUCCACAUCCAGCACGACGGUCCUCUCGCAUCUGACAAGGAUCUCUUCAUCGACGAUGACGGCUCCGGUCUAGAAAUCGACGAGAGCUCCGGAUCCGGUUCCGGCCCGGGACCCGGGGUCGACGACGAAGACGGGCGUGGCUCAGGUGACGUGCCAGACGUGCCUGAAGAUGACGAGGAUUACGCACGCCUACGCACUACCACCACGGAGGCUCCGAAACCCGAUACGGAUGACUAUCCGGACGCGCCGUUCUUUGCGGAAUCCGAGCCUCCGAUCCCACCACCAGUAGUGCAGCCGAUCGAUGUAGUCAGUCCGCGGAUAUUGUCUGGCCCCAGCGAAGGCGACUUCGAGCCGCGCGGCGCGGGGGAGGACCAGCCCUCGCGCCCAGAUUCUGUGCAGAUCAACAUCUCCGGAGAGACCGUUGAUCAAAGCCAAGCAGGAUCAAACUUGGAGCCGGAGACGCGGCCGGCGGACAGCGGCGUGCUCAUCAUGGACACCGCACACGAGGACCGCGCCACCAGCUUCUUCGCGCAACCCGGCAUUCUAGCUGCCGUCAUCGGUGGAGCAGUAGUGGGCCUUCUAUGCGCGAUUCUAGUUGUAAUGUUUAUAGUAUAUCGCAUGAGAAAGAAGGACGAGGGCUCGUACGCGCUGGACGAGCCCAAGAGGAGCCCCGCCGCGGCCUCCUACGGCAAGGGUCACAACAACCGGGAGUUUUAUGCGUGAGACGACACAGAACAUCAAAUGCCACCAGUUUUUUAAAUGACAGAUAAAACAAGAUGGCCGCCGCCCGCGCGCCAUUUUGACAUUUCAAAUUUUAGCAUCGUCUGAUACGUUCCGUUACACGUGCACCGAUUUACCCUGUGGCUGAUAUGUUCUGUAGUCGGUUUUCAAACGAGCAAUGUAAAAUUUUCAACAUGUUAUCUGUACUGAUUGUACAUAUUUGUACAAACCAUGUGCAUUCAAAUGUUGUUCAUUAAACGAAAUAUGUAUGCAAUUGCAUAAAUUUAAAUAUCAUAAAAGACCAAACUUUUAAUAUCGUGAUGUCUGUCUCGGUAUAGAUUGUCUUCAUUCGAGACCAAUGUAAGUGUUUUUGAGUGUAACACUAAGUUUGAAUCUGAAUGGGAGAUCUUGUAAUGUUGUCUGUAUAAAAUGAAUGUGCCAUUCGCUUCUUUUAAUUGUACAUUUGCAGGUGUCGUAGUUUUUCUUCAUAGACUAAAGUCUAUGGUUACGUCCAUAUCUCGUUUUUCUCUAUGUAAUAUAAAUCCUAAAAUAACCUGUAUUUAGCUAAUUUAUAACAAAAUAUGCUUUAUAGGUUAUGUAAUAGUAAUUUCAACUAUCUUAUGAUUAUCUGUCUUAUGUGUGAAAAAGUUUUACGAAUAACGACUAUCGCUUAUGUCAAAAAUUAUAUUGAAAAACUAAGCGGUUGUGCAAAAUUCAUAUAAAUUGCAUUAGAAUGAAGUUGCACAAUGUGCAUUGAUGUUUUACAAUUUUGAUAUAAUUGCUUGUUAUAAUAUAAUAUUUUGCGUAUAUUUGAUACAUAUUUUCUCUAUCGUUUGUAUGUUCCUUUAGUGUGUAGAGAAGUAAUCUUAUACCUUGAAUAUUAUAUAAUAUAAAUAAUAUUAGAUAUUUGGGGCUUAUAAUAAUCACUUGGUCUUUAAUGUUUUUGGCACUUAUUAUUUUUAUCCGUGGCUAUGACUUGGGUGUUUUUUAUAUUAAUUUUUCUCUAUUAUUCAUAUUAUAGCUUUGUAAUAUAAUGAUUAAUUUAUUUGCUAACAAACAGGUUGUGCGAACCAGUCUUUUUUACAUUAUUUUAUGUGACUUGUGCCAUCUUUAGUACCUUACUCGUCAAUUGCUUCGUUUUGAUAUAUUUUUUAAGUAAUAAUUUCAGUAUGGUAACACAUUUUGACAGUUUAUUUAUUUUUAUUUAAAAUAAUUUUAAGCUGGGCAUUAUUUAUCGAACUCAUACUGAUAAGAAUAAAUUAUUAUUACAGUUAAUGUCUAAUAUAUAAAACGAAGCACAUAAAAGCAUGAUAACUAUUCGAAGAUUGUUAAGAAGUUCUAAAAUAGAUUUAAUAUAGUAAUAUUUAAGCUAAAUUGAAAUACGAUCAUGUUGACAUUCCCUCGAACAAUAGCGUGAAUCACAGGCUCACUUAGUGUAAGGUAAUGUAAAUUAUUAUUGUAAAUUCUUUUAAUCGAUAACUUCUAAAUGAUGUAAUUUAAAUAGUUGUAAUAUUACCACCAAAUAAAGAGAUGCUACACCU